AUGUCCAUGGCCAAAGCCUACAAGAUCGCUGUUACUGACGAGGACCUUGCGUUGCUCAAGCGAAAGCUGGAGUUAUCUCGGUUUCCGGACGAACUCGAAGAGGCGGGCUGGGACUAUGGCGCUCCCUUAGCAGACAUCAAGCGGCUAGCAGCCAGGUGGAGGGAGGGCUAUGACUGGAGGAAGUAUGAGGCGGAGCUGAAUGUGCUCCCUAUGUUCACAAGAGAUAUUGCUAUUGACGACCAUGGCUCUUUGAACAUUCACUAUGUGCACCAACAAAGCAUGGUCGAGAAUGCCAUACCUCUCCUCUUUGUUCACGGGUGGCCUGGAAGCUUUAUCGAAGUUCGAAAGGUCAUCUCGCUUUUGACAGCGUCGUCACCCGAUCACCCGAGCUUUCAUGUAGUCGCCCUUAGCUUACCUGGCUAUGCAUUUUCAGAGGCACCACGGAACAAAGGGUUCUCGGGCCCUCAGUAUGCGGAGCUCGGGCACAAGUUGAUGCUUUCCCUCGGAUACGAGGAGUAUGUCACUCAAGGCGGGGAUUGGGGGCAUUUCGUCACUCGGUUUAUGGCGUACACCUAUGGACCUAAGAAUGUCAAAGCGUGGCAUACUAAUUUCGCAGCGGCAAUGUCACCGCCACGUCUGUUCUCUGAUCCUCGUGCCUUCUUAUCUCAUAUAUUUUCUCGCUACACGCCCCAGGAGCGCUUAGCUCUCCAGCGUACUGCACAUAUGAUAUCAAACGGACGAGGAUAUACGGAACAGCAGUCGACGCAGCCGCAAACGUUGGGAUAUUCACUCUCUGAUUCUCCGAUUGGCCUUCUAGCCUGGAUAUACGAGAAACUCGUGGCUUGGACAGACGCUUACCAGUGGGAAGAUGACGAAGUGCUUACAUGGAUCUCUAUCUACUGGUUCUCUCGUGCUGGACCAACUGCGGCGACUCGAAUUUAUUAUGAGGUCGGCAAAACCGGAGGAUUCCUAGCCCCACCACGUCCUGCUAUUCCUAUGGGUGUUUCUUAUUUCCCCAAAGACAUAUAUCAAGCGCCUCGAACCUGGUUGCGCGUCGUAGGGAACCCCGUCUUUGUGGCUUCCCAUUCUGAAGGCGGCCAUUUCGCCGCAUAUGAGAGACCAAGUGAACUUGUAGGUGACCUGCGCAAGAUGUACGCGCGUGGUGGUCCUGCAUACGGCGUUGUUCAAGGCAAAGAUGGUUAUUGA